AUGGCUCUGUCAGACAUCCUCUACGACGCCCUCGCAGCGCUCUUCGUGCUCUAUGUCCGCAUCGUCAAGGCCCUCUUCGAGCUGGCCGUGUCCAAGUCCAAGACCCUGCAGCAGCUCGCGCACGGCUCCGAGAUCCUCCAGGCCAGCCUCGAGCCCGUCGACCUCGACGGCGGCCAUCCUCCCCCGGGCCCGCUCACGCGCAGCCUCAACGAUCUCGUGCAGAUCGACGCCCGCGGCCUCGGAUUCAGGGCACAGGACAUCCCCGCGUACCUCGACGUGCUCAAGAACGCAAACGGCGAGGGCAUCAAUGAUCGCAAGUUCUUCCUGGAAAAGGUCCUCACGCUGAUGGCCCGCGCCCCCGACGACUUUGCGCCCACGAAAAGGCUUCAACAAGCCGUCAUCGACCUCCUGUACAAAGACCUCCCGCACCCGCCCGGCGGCUACCUCUCCCUCCCGCCCUCCGUCUCCGUCGCCUCCACCAACGCCCGCGUCUCCUACGCCUUCCGCUCCGCCGACGGCUCCAACUACAACCCGCUCGCGCCGACCCUCGGCAUGGCCAACAUGCCCUACGCGCGCUCCGUCCCCUCCGCGAACCUCGUCCCGCGCGCCGCCCUCCCCGACCCCGGCCUCGUCUUCGACACCCUCCUCAAGCGCGAAAAGUUCGAGCCCCACCCGGGCGGCAUCUCCAGCCUCUUCUUCGCCUUUGCGGACUUGAUCAUACAUUGCUUGUUCAACACGGACCCGCGGGACUGGACGAAGAACGCGACGAACAGUUAUUUGGAUCUGAGCGUGCUGUACGGCGCGAGCGAGCAGCAGGUCGACGGCAUGCGCAAGAAGGACGGGACGGGCAUGAUCUGGGAGGACGCCUUCGCGGACCCGCGCCUCAUGCUCAUGCCGCCCGCCGUCGGCGCGCUCCUCGUCAUCUUCAACCGCAACCACAACUAUAUCUGCCAGAAAAUCCAAAGUAUCAACGAGAACGGCAACCUCGUGGACCCGCCGCCCCAAGAUGCGGACGCGAGGCAGGCGCAGGACGACGAGCUCUUCCAGCGCGCGCGCCUCGUCAACAGCGGCUUCUUCAUGCAGGUCAUCCUCGCCGACUACGUCGGCGCCAUCCUCGGCCUCGUGCGCGACGGGCUCGCGUGGCGGCUCGACCCGCUCGCUUACACCCGCCAGCUGGACCACGAGGUCUCCCCGCGCGGCGAGGGCAACGCCGUCUCGAUCGAGUUCAACUUGAUGUACCGCUGGCACGCGACCACCUCCCAGAUCGACGAGCAGUGGACCGAGCAGGCGUUCAAGAAGUUCUGGCCGGGCAAGAACUUCCAGGACAUCACGAUCGACGACUUUAAGAACGUCGCGGUCAACCAGCUGCGCGCCGCGGGCGACCCGAAAAAGUGGCCGAUCGGAGACCUCCAACGGAAUAGCGAUGGCCGCUUCGACGACGCGCAGCUUGCGCAGAUCCUGCAGAACGCGACCGAGCACCCCGCGAGCGCGUUCGGCGCGCGCAGGACGCCCGAGGUGCUCCGUAUUAUCGAGAUUCUCGGCAUGGAGCAGGCCAGGAGCUGGGGCGUGUGCACGAUGAACGAGUUCCGCAAGUUUAUGGGGCUGAAACCGUACGCGGACUUUAAGGAGUGGAACCCCGACCCGAGCAUUGCGAGUGCCGCGGAGGCUCUCUAUCAUGACAUUGACAACCUGGAGCUGCACGUCGGCCUCCAAGCUGAGGAGACCAAAAAGCCUAUGCCAGGCGCCGGCCUAUGUCCUGGAUACACCAUCUCGAGGGCCAUCCUGGGCGAUGCGGUCUGCCUGACGCGCGGUGACCGGUUCAUGACCGUUGACUUUACCCCUUUCAACUUCACGUCCUGGGGCUACCAGGACUGCCAGAUCAACCCGAACGACGGCUCGUACGGCGGGAUGCUCACGAAGCUGCUCUUCCGGCACCUGCCCGAGUAUUACCCGCGCGACUCAACGUACGCCUACUUCCCGUUUAUGGUCCCCAGCGAGAUGAAGAAGGCCGUGGAGAAGCUCCCCGGGAAUGUUGUGGAGAAGUAUUCGUGGACGAGGCCGCCGGUACCCCAGGUGGGGAUUGCGGGGGUGAAUGGCGGCACACCUGGCAAUGGAGUGGCCGCUUCGGGAUAUUACGCCAGGAUGAGCAAGCUCUCGAAAUGGAUCAAUCCGCAGGUUACGGAGACCGUGGACGAAGCGUUAUUCGCCAAUGAGCAGCUCGAGCAGUGGGGCACUUCGUUCGCGAAGCUGACCCGCAGCCUCAUUGAGAGCAAGUCCGUUAACCACAUCGGCUCAACGAAGAAAUACGUGGAUAUCGUAAAGGACGUUAUCAACCUGGUCCCUGUCCAUUGGAUAGCGAAUGAAGUGUUGGGAUUGCCGUUGAAGACGGAUGCUAAUCCAAGAGGAAGCCUGAGAGAGCAUGAGCUUUAUCGGAGGCUCGCGAACGUGUCCAACUACGUGUUCCUGGACUUUGACCCUGAAGCAGACUGGGAGUUACGAGAGACUUCAGCCACGGCUCUCGCCGAGUUCUCGAAGCGGGUGAAGAUUCACCUUGACCGGUUGCGAGGCAGAAUAGUCGACGGAGUCAUCGAUAGGGCCGACCUUCUGUGGGCGGGUCACAAUGAACAUAACGACGCUUUCUUGAAGCGCGUGCUGUCAUUGGGACCCGGUGUCAACACCGAGGAAUUGGCUACGAAUCUCACAGCACAGGUCAUCAGCACCGCCGCGCUGUAUUCGAAGGCUCUCUCCCUGGUAGUCGACUUCUAUCUUGACAGCACCAGUGGUGAAGCGGAUGCGAACCUCGUGCAGCUCGCAAAGAACGAGGCUGCAAGUUCGCGUGCGGAAUAUGUUCAGCGCAUCAACGACGCAUUAGAGAACCUUGGCCUCAGGAUCUCUCAUGAGCCAUUCCAUGGGUUGUUGUAUACUGCAUUCUUCGAGAAGACUACAGUACAGGUUCUGCGCUCAAUAUUCUCUCUACCGGGAUUGACUCGAGCACCUGGAACUUCGGGACACUUGAACAAAUUCACCCAGACUGUGGAUGAUAUGAAGGAACAGCUUUAUAUCGACAGUUCAGGGAAGUCAACACCAUGGCCUGCAUCACUGGUUGUACAGUAUAAUUAA